AUGAAUCCAAAUAGGAAAGAUUGGAGCUUGCGGCUUGGCGAUGCAUUAUGGGCGUAUAGGACAGCAUAUAAGACACCAAUUGGAAUGUCCCCAUUCCGAAUGGUUUAUGGUAAACCAUGUCACCUUCCCGUUGAAUUAGAGCAUAGAGCCUAUUGGGCAAUUAAGCAAUGCAAUAUGAAACUAGACGCAGCGGGAGAACAACGAAAAUUGCAAUUGAAUGAACUUGAGGAGAUACAGAAUGAAGCUUAUGAAAGUUCACUCAUUUACAAAGACAAAACAAAGGCCUUCCAUGAUAGAAUGAUCCAGCGAAAGCAUUUUGAAGCUGGACAAAAAGUUCUUCUAUUCUAUUCACGUCUUAAACUUUUUCCUGGUAAGUUACGUUCCCGUUGGGUUGAUCCUUUUGUGAUUACUAAUGUUUUUCCCAAUGGUGCAGUGGAAAUUAAGAGCACGAAUACAGGGAAAGACUUCAAGGUCAAUGGCCAUCAUCUAAAGCCAUACUACGAGCCAUUCAUGGAACACUUGGAUGAAGUACCUCUCCAUGAACCAACGAACAUGGAUGGUUAA